AGUGAACUGCGCAAGUUGCACGAGACUCGUCCGGAGCUAAACGAGAUUAGAAAAAAAAAACUUUUAAGGACGAUUAAGACAAUGGAAGCUUUUAAUUGACCUCCCAAUGCACAGCCAGGACGAUGUUGACUUUACCAUUUGAGGAGCCCGUGAUGAUGGAAUCUCAGUUCGUGGCAAACUUUUCUCGGGACUGCGGUGGCAAUAUGAAGGUCGCCAAACCAGACCACUUUAAAGAAGAUGACAGCAUUUCUCAAACCGAUAUCAGAGGGCUGGAGGACGUAGAAUCGGAGAGAGACGACGACGAGCGCGAUGACGGUCAAGAUGAGAACGGGUUGCCCCGGAGACGUGGGCCUAGGAAAAAGAAGAUGACCAAAGCCCGUUUUGACCGGGUUAAAUUUCGCCGCAUGGAGGCCAACACAAGGGAGCGGAACAGGAUGCAUGGCCUAAACAAUGCACUGGACAGCCUGCGGAAGGUGGUGCCAUGCUACUCAAAAACACAGAAACUAUCCAAGAUAGAGACCCUGCGUCUUGCUAAAAACUACAUCUGGGCUUUGUCCGAGAUCCUGAACACCGGUAAGCGACCUGACCUGCUGACCUUUGUUCAGACACUCUGCAAAGGUCUGUCGCAGCCCACCACAAAUCUAGUAGCGGGCUGUCUCCAGCUGAACGCCAGGAAUUUCAUUACUGAUCACAACGGGGAAGCAUCCUUCACUGGCAGGUCCCCGUACGACUCCAUGUACCCACCUUACCACAGUCCGGAUGUCGUUGCUGCCUCCGGCCACGUAGGCAGCACGGUGGACAGCGUGAAACCCUUUCGGCCCUACAGUUAUUGCGGCGCUUAUGAAUCGUUCUACGAGAGCACCUCUCCAGAAUGCGCCAGUCCGCAAUUCGAUGGUCCACUGAGCCCUCCUAUUAACUUUAAUGGGAUUUUCUCCCUUAAGCAGGAAGACCCGGCUGAUUACGGCAAGAGCUGCCACUACGGAAUGCGUUACUGCUCUGUGCCAACGCGUGGUACCUCCGGCCAGAAUACGCUGUCAAGAGGCUCCUCCGACAUUCAUUUCCCCUAUGACAUUCAUCUCCGCGGCCAGUUUUAUCCUGUGCAAGAUGAAUUAAACACGACUUUUCAUAAUUAAUGAGAGAAAGUCAAAUGUGAGCGUCCUUUUUGCCGGGUAAUUAGCCUACUGAAAAUAAAAGACUUAACACACAUGUAUUAUUUACAUGCGUUCUGCUUUUUAGAUGGGGAUUUGGUUGUUGGCCAUCUGAUGAUUUAUUAUUUAUUCAUUUUAACUUAAUGGAAAAUUUCGUUAGAGUAAACAGAAUUCUUUUUGUAGAAAGUCAGAGAAUCGGUCUUGUUUGCAAACUGAAAAUUAACUGACUCAAUUGGUCCAUGUGCAGUAUUGGUAUUAUGAUCUUUUGUCGUUUCUACAUAGAGAACCACACAGAACGUGUUGUAUAAAAUACAUUUUGUAUAAAAUGUGUACAGUGCAUUAUCAAAGAAUUGCUGUAUUGCGAUAAUGUGUUUUACAGUCGAAUGCAAUCACGAUAAUUCAUUUUUCUUGGGUAUGUUCAACAGUUAAAAAAAAAAAAAAAAAGGCAGCAAUAAAGGCAAGAGGAGCUAUGCAAUUAAGAUCCAACUCUUGCAAUUCCGAACAAUCAAAAUUUAAAUGAUUUUAAGAAGUUAGUUAUGACAGAAUGGACUACUUGGCUAAGACUGUCUUAUUUGAUUUGAAGUGUCAAAACAUUACAUGUCAAGUGAAUUAACUUAAGAUUGCCAUUUGUUUAUUGAGUAGGCUAGCCUAUUUAUAGAGAAUCUGCUAACUUUGCGUAUUUAUUUGUUUAUUUAUUAAGGCUAUUUGUGGGAUAACUUCAAUGUUAAUGAAUGCGUGCUCUCUGGAGACUACUUAGCCCUAUGGUAUUCUCAGAUGGAGAUGUUCACUGCCUAACUGAACGAAAGAAUAAAACGAAUGCAUUCUGAAAAACAUCUGCAAAUGUCAAUAUGUCGAUGAAAUAAUGUAUCUGUCAAGCCCUGGAAGGCUACCUUAACAUUUUUGCCUAAAUGUAGAAGAUUUGCUAUGUUCUGCUAUUUUGAGAAUACUCUUGGAAACAAACAUUACCCCCAUAUAGAGUAUUUAUAUCGGGCAACCUAAUAAAUCAAAUCCUAUAUCAAAGGUUUUGAUAUCGCCCCGCGUGUUGUGUCAAUGUAAAAAAAAAAUCAACAUGUGCAAUUAAAAUGUAAGAUAUCAAGAAACGCAAGUAUCAUAGGUAAAAUUAUGGACGCUAGUGCAAAUACCUUGCUUUGUAAAUGUACUGGAUUUGACUGUACUGGUGAAAUUAUGUGCAGAUGUUUCCCAACAGCUACAAUUAUUAAGAGGCAAAAAGCAUGUAUUCCGUUUAAAAUAUUUUUUGAAUACAGCAUCUCUAUUCAACAGUGUCUUACCAUCUUAUAGCCUAGCAUACCAUAGAUAUUGUUUGCCUUAUAGUAUCAUCAGAUAUGCAAUGUUAUGGAUGUCAACAAUGGUGGAUUCGUGAAACAAUCUGUGUCUUCUAAAAUCUUAUGAUGAAGUGUUUUCACGUGAAAAUAAUUGCAACGUGCACUAAACUGGUUUUGUGCAGAUUUGUACACUGUAAUGAAGUUGUUUUGUACAGCAAAAAUAAAA